AUGGAGCUAGGUCUCAUGGUAGACUCAGUCGAUGGAGUCGACAAGGCCAUCAUGUGGAAAGCACCUUACAGACCUGAGAUAGCACGAGCAGACGACAUCUCAGUCACCGUCUCCUUCCUUCGGAAUGAAGCAGCCAUGGAGCUAUGGGAAGGCAGGAGAGAAUACUGCAUAGAAGGGAGAGCCUUCCGAGCCACAGAGGUGAGCAUUGCACACGACCGGUCGUUCAAGCUUCGAGCCAAGCGAGGACCUUGGGGCAAGGGAGGGAGCCUUGCCGAGCUAUCGCAGCUCUUAGCUCUCGGAGGAAUGUCGACGGCCGAGAUCGCUCAGAUUUAUCGAUUUCAGCUGCUCUCGCAAUCUCUUGCAGCCGCAGAGGUACAACCGCUUGCAGGCAUGCUCGUGCAGGGUCCUGGGCAGAGAGGUCGCAAGGGGCCGAGCCCGAAGACGUAUGUCGCUGUUGGGGCAAGUACGGGCACUCUCCAGCAAAAAGAGCUGGAGUGGGUGCUCAGCUCGCCUUCGACGGCAAGUUGCGAGCAGACCUUGGCCUCGUUCAGAGAGAGCGAGGCGAUGGAGGGGGUGCAUCUCACUCUCAUCAGCGACGACGCCAAGCUCGCAGUCGAGCUCACAGCCGACACCUUCGUGCCGAGGGGAAAGAUUGCCAAGCAGAGGAAGGCACUUCGCGAGAGAGAUCAUGCGGGGCGCAGCAACUUCAGAGUACAGAUCAAGUCGAGGUCAAGCAUGAGCACAGGCCGCUUCUCGAGGAAGGAGAUGGAAGCGCUGUGCGGAGGAGGUAACACAUCGAUCACGAGAGUCAAGCGAGCCAUGUUGGAGUUAGCAAGAAGAAUGAACCUCAAGCUGGUCAGCGUCGAGGUCGAGGAGGAUCGUGACACGCUCAGCUGGGAUGGGAGCCUGAUAGCUCUCUCCCUGGCGACCAAGGCAGAGGCUCGACGCUUGAUGGAAGACAUGCCCUUCUACUUGGAAGGGAUCCUGGAAGUCAAGCUGGAAGCUAUGGGUUUUAAGCUCAACCCUCAGCAUGAGGAGGAGAGGAGCCCGAGCAGCGAGGAGCAAGCCCAAGAGCCCCAAGGGCAGCAGCAAGGCGCUGGAUGGCUGGAGCUCAGCGACAUCGACAGGAUUACUAUGGAAGCAGCGUCGCCGUCAGGGCCAGUCGACCAACAGGUCUUGCUCGACCUCUCGACGAUGCUCUUGGAGACAUCAGAGGAGGAGCUGCUAGCUGGCAAGCCGAUCUCGCUGGAGCUAGACAAGAGUGUUGGCAAGCUGCAUGACACCUUCUGCUCGCCGGGCAACGUGGAGUUCAUGACGCUCGGAGCUUGGGCAGCCACGCCGACGCUGGGAUCGAAGCGAAACAUUUUGAAAGAAAAGCUCAGAGCGUACCUCGGCGAGCAGCGCUGGACACGGGUGCAAGGGAACAAGGCAGCGAGGAGGGGCAGCGCCUUCUCUCCAAGGGCAGCAGCGACUGAUGCGCUCGAGCAGGAGGCUGAGAGCGAUGACAUCGAGAGUCGAUCUGUAAGCCUCUUGUUUCUUGCGAUCAGUAAAUUUGCUGAGCACCAUGGGUUGAGCUGCACGGGCAAGGUCGACAAGCAAGACCGACUGCGGCUGAUGAUGAGGGAGGAAGUCGACAUGGAGGCUGAGGAGGACGAGGCCGUGGAGGAGGAGGCCGGUGCAGGCCCCUCGCGCGCUUGA